AUGUCAAUGAAAACAAGGGCAAAUCCUAGAAGUGCAAGCAAAGCGAUUGCCAUAUUUAGCUACGAGAUGGUGAAUCUAUCGCAGCAUCCUCUGCUGGCCUUGUCGUCGUCGUCGUCGUCUGCCUACGAACAUCAUAUACAAACAAAUCAUGGAUCUGUAUCUGUUGCAGUGUAUGGUGAUCAUGACAAGCCUGCUCUUGUUACUUGUCCAGAUGUUGCUUUAAAUUAUAUGUCUUGUUUCGAAGGAUUACUCUUCUGCCCUGAAGCUGCUUCACUGCUGCUUCACAAUUUUUGCAUUUACCAUAUCAGCCCCCCAGGACACGAGUUGGGAGCAGCUCCAAUUUCACCGAAAACACCUGUACCAUCUGUUGAUGACUUGGCGGAUCAGGUUGCGGAUGUUCUUGAUUUCUUUGGAUUAGGUUCUGUUAUGUGCUUAGGUGCCACUGCGGGUGCUUACAUUCUUACUCUCUUUGCAGCAAAGUGUAGGGAGCGUGUAUUAGGUCUUGUACUUGUUUCACCCCUAUGUAAAGCUCCCACAUGGACUGAGUGGUUUUAUAGUAAGGUGGAGUCAAAUUUGUUGUAUUACUAUGGGAUGUGUGGGUUGGUCAAGGAAAGCUUACUGCAGCGGUUCUUCAGCAAGGAAGUAAGGGGAUGCUCUGAGUCACCUGAAUCAGAUAUAGUGCAGGGUUGUAGAAGUUUGCUAGAUCAGCGGCAGAGCAUGAACGUGUGGCGGUUUGUAGAGGCAAUGAACGGGAGAUAUGAUUUGACGGAAGGGCUGAAGCAGCUUCAGUGUAGAACCCUUAUUUUUGUUGGCAAGAAUUCUCAGUUCCACGUGGAGGCUGUUCACAUGACAGCAAAGCUCGAUAGGAGAUAUUGUGCUCUAGAUGAGGUGCAAGCAUGCGGGUCACUCGUGACGGAGGAGCAACCUCAUGCAAUGCUUAUACCGAUGGAGUACUUCUUCAUGGGGUACGGCCUCUACAAGCCAAGCGAGCUCGACUGCAGCCCGCGCAGCCCCCUGAGCCCAUUUUGUAUAUCGCCGGAGCUCCUUUCGCCUGAGAGCAUGGGAGUAAAGCUAAAGCCAAUCAAGACACGAGCGCGGCUUCAAGUGUAG